AUGAACGGCCACCACACAGUGAGACCGCUGAGACCGGGCAUCAAUGUGCCUAUGGUCACCAUCUUCGACCCAGAAACUGAAGAUGUCGACGUCAAGGCGAUCGCAAAGCACGCCGUCAGACUUGCCAAAGCUGGUCUCUCUAGCAUUACCUGUCAAGGGUCGAAUGGAGAAGCAGUACAUCUCACCAGGGAGGAGCGGAUACUGGUGACGAGCACGACCCGCAAAGCGCUGGACGAAGCUGGCUUCUCAGAUAUGCCCAUUGUCGUUGGUUGUGGAGCUCAGUCGGUGCGGGAGACGGUCGAGUUCUGCCGGGAUGCGUAUCAGGCUGGCGGUGAUUGUGCUCUGGUUUUGCCCCCUUCAUACUAUAAGUCGGCAUACAAGCCAGAGUCGUUUGUCGAGUACUUUCAAGCUGUUGCGGAUGGCUCACCAAUCCCUAUCGUCAUCUACAACUAUCCCGGAGCAGCAGCCGGGGUGGAUCUCGACUCGGACACCAUUAUCAAGUUGGCCAAGCACCCCAACAUCCGUGGCUGCAAGCUCACUUGUGGCAACACUGGCAAAUUGAACCGGAUUGCUCAUGCGGUCAAUGCCGCCACACCCACCGACGUCGGAUCAGGCUGGAUGUGCAUGGGUGGCUCGGCGGACUUCACUCUUCAGACCCUGAUUGCGGGCGGGUCAGGGAUUAUAACUGGGCUAGGGAACGUUGUGCCCAAGGCUUGUGUGAAGGUCUACGACCUGUAUGCACAGGGAAAGGUGGAGGAAGCUCAGAAGCUGCAAGCAGUUGUAGCGCGAGGCGAUUGGGGAGUGAUCGCUGGCGGCAUCACGGGCACCAAGAGUGCGAUGCAGUCAUACUUUGGAUAUGGGGGCUACACCCGGCGGCCACUACCUAGACCGACCAAGGAGGAAGUGGCCAAGUGGGAGGAGAUGUUGAAGGAGGCUGUUGAGCUCGAGAACUCUCUGUGA